AUGACAAACCACACAGAAAUAACUGGGUUUAUCCUCGUGGGAUUGUCAGAUGACCCACAGGUUCAGGUGGUGAUCUUUGUCUUCCUCUUCAUCACCUACAUGCUCAGCAUCACUGGGAACCUGACCAUCAUCACCCUUACACUGCUGGACUCCCACCUCCAGACACCCAUGUAUUUCUUCCUCAGGAAUUUCUCCUUGUUAGAAAUUUCCUUCACAACUGUCAGUAUACCAAAGUUCCUGAGUACCAUUAUUUCAGGAGAUAAAACUAUAUCCUUCAAUGAUUGCAUGGCUCAGUUAUUUUUCUUCAUUCUCCUGGGAGUCACAGAAUUUUACCUCCUGGCUGCCAUGUCCUAUGACCGUUAUGUUGCCAUCUGCAAGCCUCUGCAUUACAUGACCAUCAUGAAUCGUAGAGUCUGCAUACUACUUGUCUUUGCUUCUUGGCUGGCUUCAUUCCUAAUCAUGUUCCCAUUACUCAUGUUGCUCUUGAAGCUUGAUUACUGUCGUUCUAAUAUUAUUGACCAUUUUACCUGUGAUUAUUUUCCCCUACUGCAACUUUCUUGUUCAGAAACAAAAUUCCUGGAGGCGAUGGGAUUUUCCUGUGCUGUGUUCACUCUAAUGUUCACAUUGGCUUUGAUAUUGCUGUCCUACACAUACAUCAUCAGAACCAUUUUGAGGAUUCCUUCUAGCACUCAGAGGACAAAGGCCUUUUCUACAUGUUCAUCCCAUAUGAUUGUCAUCUUCAUCUCUUACGGCAACUGCAUUUUUAUGUACAUUAAACCUUCAGCCAGAGAUAGAGUGUCUUUGAGCAAGGGGGUUGCUGUGCUAAACACCUCAGUAGCCCCCAUGCUCAACCCCUUUAUAUACAGUCUAAGGAAUCAGCAGGUCAAACAAGCCUUCAUGGAAAUGGCAAGGAAGACUAUAUUUUUCUCAAGCAACUGUAAAGGUGUGGUGUCAUGA